GGGUAGGUAGGGUUAAGAGCUGCACUUAAGAAGAUAAACACACAUUAAAGUGUGUGGACACUGCAGGUGCAGCACAUAAGGUGUGGAAAUGUCUGUUCCUGGUGUUCCACAUAGAUGGGAGAAACACAGAGCACAAACGAAAACUAGAACCAUGGCAGAUGGCAGCUUUGAGAAGGAGUUUGUGGACACGCACAACGCGUACCGGCGGAAACACGGGGCUCCGCCGCUAACGCUGAGCCGAGACCUGUGCAGAUCUGCGCAGGCCUGGGCGGAUAACCUGCUGUCCAUGAAAUCGAUGCGGCACAGCAAGACCAACAACGGGGAGAAUCUGUACUACGCCUGGAGUUCCGUCCCCAAGAAACUCACUGGAAAGGAAGCAGUCGACAGCUGGUACAGCGAGAUCAAAGAUUACAACUUCAGAAACCCGGGAUUCCAAUCAAACACUGGGCACUUCACCCAGGUGGUGUGGAAGAGCACGACGGAGGUGGGGGUGGGUCUCGCCACUGACGGAAACACCGUGUAUGUGGUGGGCCAGUACAGUCCUGCGGGGAACAUCAGCAACAUGGGCUACUUCGAGAAGAACGUCCUACCAGCUGGGACAUCUGCACAGGAAGCUGAGCCGAAGGGCACGCCAGAAUCCUACAGGUCCACUUGUGAUUCCCUGCAAGAUUUGAAGGUCACUGUGCCAGACGGCAGCUUCGAGAAGGAGUUUGUGGACAAGCACAACGCGUACCGGCGGAAACACGGGGCUCCGCCGCUGACGCUGAGCCGAGACCUGUGCAGAUCUGCGCAGGCCUGGGCGGAUCACCUGCUGUCCGUCAAAUCACUGCAGCACAGCAAGACCAACAACGGGGAGAAUCUGUACUACUCCUGGAGCUCCGCCCCCAAGAAACCAAGCGGAACGGACGCUGUAGAACAGUGGUACAGUGAAAUCAAAGACUACAACUUCAGGAAUUCAGGAUUCCAAUCAAAAACGGGGCAUUUCACCCAGGUGGUGUGGAAGAGCACGACGGAGGUGGGGGUGGGUCUUGCCACUGAUGGAAACACCGUGUUUGUGGUGGGCCAGUACAGUCCUGCGGGGAACAUUACCAACACGGGCUACUUCGAGAAGAACGUCCUACCAGCUGGCACAUCUACACAGGAAUAUAGCAGCGAUGGACCUAAGGGCACAGCAGGUGAAGAUGAGGAGCUGAGGAAGUUCCGGAAGUCUCUGGUAGAGGCACAGAACAUUUAUCGGAAGCAGCAUGGGGCAGAGCCUCUCAAGCUUUGCCCCUCCCUCUCCAAGGAGGCACAGGACUGGGCCACUUACUUAGUGAGCAUCAAAACUCUGAAGAACAGCGACGAGGAACAUGGGCAGAACUUCUGGAACCGCUGGAGUACCAGCACAGAGCCCCCCACUGGUUCAGAGGUGGCUGAUGCCUGGUACAAAGAGAGUGAGAAGUAUAAUUUCUCCUCACCUGAGCGUCAGAAUGGAACAGAUUUCUUCACUCAGAUGGUGUGGCGAUACUCCAGAAAUGUAGGCAUUGGGCUGGCCACCAAUGGUCAGGGCCUGUUCAUUGCUGUGGCCUACUACGACCCCUGUGGGAACAUCCCAAAAAAAGCCUACUAUCGAGACAACGUCCUGGCCAAGAAGUAGAAUGAAGGAAAGAGGACGGCAUAACAGACAACUAAGCCAUAACAUAAGAUAAUUACAAGAACAGGCCAUUCAGCCCAGCAAUGCUUGCCUUUUCCUACCACUGAAAUGUAUCUAAUGCUUAGUUUACCUAAAAGCUAGAUGGUAUCUAGCACCGUAUCAAGCCUGGUCUUGAAAAUUCCAUGCGUUUCUACCUCCUCCACAUCUCCUCGCAAGCUGUUCCACACAGUGACCACUCUGUGUAAAAAUACUUCCAAAUAUUUGUGCAGAAUUUAUCCUUUGCCAAUUUCCAUGAAUGCUGCCUUGUUCUGCUAACUAAACUCAACCUGAAGAAUCUCCUGUAGUUUACUUUGUUAAUGCCUUUAGUGAGUCACCAUUUUCUAAGCUUGAAGAGAUGAAGCAUUUUAAGUCUUUAUCAUAACUUUUAUUCUUUAUACCAGGAAUUAAUCUGGUUGCCCUUCUUGGAGUCUUUUGCAGCACCUCUAUAUCCUUCUUGUAGUAUGGUCCCCAGAACUAGGAGAUUAAUUACACUGUUGAUUGAUUUUUUAAAAUGAUGAAUGACAAUUAUGUCUGUGUUAAAACAUGAUGGGCAGAAUAUUAAAGCUUUCAAUCAUUGUCAUUUUCAACUUUUGGAAAAUAAAGCUCUUAAUCUGCUUCAGUAGUGUAUGCAUGAGAGUUUUAGUAAAACAGCAAGAUAAAAUGUAAGUCGGUCUUAAAUUGAACUUUGAAUGUUCUUGAUAUCGUAAACAAAUUCUUGAAAUGUAUUUGUCUUUCAAACAUGGCCACUAGAUGGCAGCUGGAGCUACUGUCUCUAAUAGGUCUCUCUCAGACAACAAAGUACAGUACUUCCAUUCAUGAUUGUAUUCUUUCAUUAACAAAAGGUAGAGUAAUAAUAAAACCUUUUUAUCUCC